AUAAUUUUUCACAAAAAGUUCCUCCAGAGAAGCAUAAUUAUCUUUGAUAAAAGGAUACGCAACAUUAUUACAGAGCUUAAUUUCUCUGUCAACAGAAAAGAAUGGAUAUGAUCGCGGUGGCUAUAGCCAUUGGAUUUGUGCUCUUUCUGCUGUUCCUUCUCAGAAACCCCUUUUCAACCAGUUCUAACCCUAAUCUUCCCCCGGGCAGCUUAGGCUGGCCGCUACUGGGUGAGACUUUACGAUUUCUAGCCUCCCAAAGGGCUAACGGAGGUCAGAAAUUUUAUGAGCAGAAAAUUAAGCUCUAUGGAGGAGAUAUCUUUAAGACCCACUUGCUCGGAUCCCCUACAGCGGUCUUCUACAGUCCUGAGGGAAACCGCUUUCUUUUCUCCAACGAAAACAAGCUUGUUCAAAGCACUUGGCCAUCUUCUGUUGCCCACUUGUUUGGAAAUUCUUUACUCAGUAAAGUUGGGGACGAAGCAAAAGAGCUGAGGAAGCUGCUGCUCAAUUUCUUAAAGCCCGAAGCUCUGCAAAUAUUCGUGGGCAGAGUGGAUUCCAUUAUCACUGACCACGUUAAACGUUUCUGGCUUGGGGGAACCCAAAUCAAGGCCUUUCCUGUCUCGAAGCGUUGCUUGUUUGCUGUGGCUUGUUCUCUUUUUCUCAGCAUGGAUGAGGGGCCGCAGCAAUCUGAUUUGUAUCGCCAUUUUAUUGACCUAUUGAACGGAAUGAUCCAGAUUCCUCUAGAUUUUCCUGGGACUCUGUAUCGGAAAGCCAGAAUUGGGAGUAAUCAUAUCCGUGAAAUUCUGCAGACUGUGAUUGAGAAGAGGAGAGCGGAUUUGGCAUCCGGUUCCGCUUCCCCACAGCAGGAUCUGCUUUCCUUUCUGCUUUGCAACGCCGAUGGGCAUGGGAAUGCGCUGAGCGAUGAUGACAUUAAGGAUAACAUUAUGCUGCUUCUUAUGGCAGGUCAUGACACCAGCGUUGUGACUGUAACGAUGCUCUUGAGGCAUCUGGCUCUGAAUCCGGACUGCUACCAGAAGGUUCUUAAAGAGCAAAUGGAGAUAAAGAAGGAAAAGGAAGCAAGCCAGGUGGAUUUGCUGCAGUGGGAUGACCUUCAAAAGAUGAAGUACACAUGGAGAGCUGCCCAAGAGACGCUCAGACUUUAUCCUCCAGCAGGAGGCACCUGGCGAAAAGCUAUUGUUGAUAUCUCCUAUUCUGGUUUCACUAUCCCCAAGGGAUGGAAGUUAUUUUGGACAACUUCUUCAACUCAUAAAAAUGCAGAAUAUUUUAAGGAUCCAGAAAAAUUUGAUCCAUCAAGAUUUGAAGGGAAUGGGCCAGCACCUUACACAUUUGUACCAUUUGGAGGUGGCCCACGAAUGUGUCCAGGCAAUGAAUUUGCACGUAUAGUAAUUCUUGUAUUUAUCCACAACAUUGUUAAAAAUGUUGAAUGGGAUUUAGUAAAUGUGAAUGAAAAGGUGAUUAUUGAUCCAAUGCCUGCCCCAGUAGAGGGCCUGCCCAUCAAUCUUCGUGGCCGCUCACUCACUACCUAAAUUUCUUUCUAUAUUGCUGACAAAGUAAACACAAAAAUCAAUUGUAUCAGUGGCAAGUAAUAAGUAAAAGCAUCGAAAGGUGCUAUUAAAUGGUCUAUAGCCACAAAUAUUGUAGUCUUAUUAUUGAUCAUAAAAAAUUAUGUUUAUUGAUCAUUUGAUAUUACUUUUUUUAAA